GGGAGGUGUUGUGGGUAGGAGCUGCUAGUCUCUCGUCUCUCCUACACAGCCUCCAUCACUGCUCCAAACCCGGGAUUUUCAGUGUCUAGUGACGCGUCCCAUCCUCAACCAAACCUACAUCUGCCGUUUUGGCAAAGACAGUGGAACAAUGAUGUUAACGAUCGUUCAAGAUGGCUGCUUGUUUAGAAUACUGGAGCAACUCUCUCUCUCUCUCUCUUCCCCCUCACACGCCUUGUCUUAGGCUUCCCCAGCCAAUGAGAACCUUGCAACUCCGUGCUAGCACCGCCCUCCCAGUAAGAACCCUGAAAAGCUAUUCGUGGUAGCAACUCCCAGCCAAUAAGACAUUCGGAACUCUCCGAGACUAUGAGUUCCAGUUAAUGAGAGUCUUGAAAACUCCCUAUGAUAAUCUUGUGUCUGCAUGAGUGUUGGGUGUGUUGACACUCAGCAGUACUGGGGUUUGGUGUCGUGUGUUGUGUGGACAAAGGAAACACUGGGGUUUUGUGUUUUGAGUUCCUACCUUUUGGUAUAGAAAAAAACAACACUGGUGUUCCUUCUUUCCGUAGAUUAGAAACUAAGUCUCGGUGGUUACAUAAAUGCUAGACAGUGAAAAAUAAUUUUAGUGUGAUAUAGAAAUUUCUGACUCUCCUCUAGACUAGCAAUUGGUGUUACAGUGUAGAUCUAGAAACAUAGCCCGAAGUUAAUAAUCUCUCAGAAUCUAGAAAACGUACUCUUAGAACUUACCCUAAAAACUUGUAAUCCUGUAGUGACAAACUUCAAGCCCUGAAACUGUUAAUGUUACUUUAGAAAUAGUUAAAAGAAAAAAAUGAUCAAUUAUAGUGACUAGUAGAACACCCAAAUUUUGAACCAUAACUAAAAGUGCACAUCCUUGAUUUUUUUAACAUCCUCUUCUGUCUAGUAUUAAAAGUUUCACAAACCACUGUUCUCGGACGCCAGAUCAAAAGAAGUUUCUUAGAAAAAGGUAUUAAAAGUGUAAUUUUUUUGUCAAGACCAUCGAGCAAUCGAGUGAAGAACAAGAGUCUUUUGCGCAGUUCGAUACUCUGUUUUUCUGUCGAAGUUCCAGAGAAUCUUGCUGCAGCUGUCAUCCCGCAGUAGAGGCUUCUUCUGUAGAACUUCUGAAGGACUCGGUUCAACCCACGUAAAUCCUUGGACACUUGCCGUUGAGUUUCUCAACAGCACCUUCGUCUCCUGUGCACUAUCCUGAUUAGAUACACACAGCUGUGUGUUGCUACACCGUCUCCGGCUGUACAUCUCCCUAUCAACAUCUGUGCUUUUUUCCUGAGGGGUCUUUUGUCUCGAGUACCUCCGUAUAUUUCCUUCGGCAGCGUCAACCUUCUGCCUAGAAAGUGACUUUAACGACUCCUCCUCCUGGGUGGCGAGUUCGCCAGGAGUGGGCACCAGCUGGCUGGGAAUUCUUGCCGUGGGAGAACACUGAUGCCCAGGACUGGAGUUUGUGAGGGUAGACGGGCUAAACCUUCUGCAGUAGGAGGAGCCAGUGAGGCCCCGCCCUUCUACAUCUACUCAUGCUCGUCUCAGGGCAGUACCACGUCUACUACAGCGUUCUACAGUCCAACUGUGGCAGUGAGGCUGGCCAAAUGUGGCACAAGUUCUCUGCGCUGCACCAUUUCUCGCGGCGUAGUUCCACAGUGUUCUCACGAUCGCUGGUGUUCAACUUAAUCACUGUGUACACCCCGGUGUUACUCCUGGCCGGCUCCAUCGUUACCUCGGCCAAGCAAAUCUUGAGCCCCAUCCACUGUGAGGGAGAAGGGAAAGAUGGCCUCAGCAAGGACUACGUCGAGACCUACUGCUACAUCGAGGGCACUUUUAACUUAUACAUGAAACAGGUGGAGCAGCAGGUGAGACCCGGUGGUCACCUGUCAUCACGCAACCAGGUUCGCUUCGAGCAGCAGGUUGGUAAAAAUGUUAUCUACCCUAACUUGGGCCAAUUUGUGGAAGGCCAGAGCUCUCGGAGGGAGAUCUCAUACUACCAGUGGGUGACAUUUUUCUUGCUGAUUGAGGCGCUAGUCAUCUACCUACCUCGGCAGAUCUGGCACCAACUCACUCACAGUCAGUGCCUCCCCUUCGAUUUCACCAACCUUAGGCGCCGUGAGGACUGGGAGGAUAAGAAGAAUUUCCUGGUUUGGCAUAUGAAACAGACAAGGGGAAAUCACGAGUAUUGGCUUUGGCAAUACCUCUUGACAGAACUUUUAGCGAUUGCCCUACUUGCUUCCUUCUUCAUCCUCACUGAUGUGUUCCUUGGAGGUGACUUCUACAACUAUGGUCUGGACUGGGUCAACUUCAUGCACAAUGCUACCAACACUACGAUCUCUCCCAUGACAGCACGAUUCCCUCGUCUGACUGUAUGUAAGCUACAGUACCAUAGUCGUGGAGGAACUAUCAACAGUUACUACCCACUCUGCCUCCUCCCUAUCAACUGUUUUAAUGAUAAGAUUUUCCUGUUCCUCUACUUCUGGUAUUGCAUGUUAUUUGGGCUGUCCCUGUUGCGAGGACUCUACAUGCUUGUGCUUGUCACAUGCAAGCCGGCACGUCGGUUGCGACUCAAGUUUAGCGCUAAGCUAGUGCCCGAAGAUACGUUGGACCGGUUCAUCAAUGCACACAAUCUCAGUGAUUGGUUUGUGCUGUGCAAUUUGGCACCCACCAUGGAUCCUGUACUCAUUGCUGAACUUGUCACCCAGCUUGUGUACGAGGUGCAAGGGGGAGAAAGUUCCGACUCCAAACCGUCCCGCCUCGGAAAGCAAGAGAAGUCACUUCAGUCUGUAAAUUACAUAUGAGAUUCAGCGCAGCGCGCUUCCCCACACUCGCUCACACACUGCCUUCCCAAUGGCCACCCAAGCUAUGGAUUCCGCGCAAACCCACAUCCGUACGGACAGUAUCAUAAUCGUUACCCACCCGUACAUGGGUACGGCACCGCCUAUUCCAACGGCCACUGUGAGGGGCUGUAAGUGUGGUUGGCUCCUGCCUGGCCUCUGUGAGGUCCUCCACCCCUCAGACCUGGGCCAUGGCAGUGCACAGGGCUCGGCCCAGCCCCCUGCAUCACCUGGAUGCUUGGGGCUGAAGAACCGCACGCAGGGGAAGGCGCCGCGCGACUCUCAUGAAACCAUCGCACUACCACGUUGGGGCCCGUUGCCCACCAUACAUCUGAUGCACCAUUCAAGCCGAGCCUGGGAUGGUGGGCCGUGCCGCUCAACUGGAGUAACAGAAUAAGGAACAGUAAUAGCAACAGAGCAGAACAAGAGCGUGGUCGAGCCCUGAGCUUUGCCAGGAGACCUGCCACCACAAUGCAGGACAGUGGACGACCUUUGCACUUGGUUCGCCCAUUUAUGACACACCAGUCCCUUGCAACGCCAGCACUCUGCGUUUUUAAAAGGGUAUGUCAGUGAUAUCGUUGAAAUUUCAAUCUGUUUUUGUUACCGGCGUGUGUUUAUGGGAAGUAUUCACAGAUCUUGGUUAUUGCUGCACUGGUUGCACCUUGCAAUCAGUCAGCAGCUCCUGUUAAAUCAAGUUUUUUCAUAUAGUGAAUCUAAUCUUUAAAGGACUGUUUGUGUGUAUUUUAUAUGCGUGUAGAUAUUUUGUUUUGCUUGUCUAAGCUGUGUAGCUGACUGGUGAUAUUAAAAGAAAAUGUUUUCUGCAUAUGAAAGUUUUAUCAGUAUUUAAAGUAUUCUUCAGUAUUAUGAAUGACAUGUACCAAGAUGAAUUAAUAUAUACAGAGUAUAAGUUUUACUAUUUAUUUUGCGUGUGGUCUGUCAGAGCUUCUUGUUCAUAACUAAAACAAACAGAAACACAGUGGACUUACGCUACUCGAUUGCUAACGAGCCGUAUGGUUAGCUCGACAGGCAAGUGUACAUCUCAGUUGUUUGACACUUGGCUCACCUAUGAAGCAACAGCCAUCUCUACACGUGUCUUGGCCACACCCACAACCCACAACUACAUUCACAACCUGGAACUGUAAAAACAAGGCUAAACACUUGCCAGUCAAUUCACAAGAACUCCUUUGGUUGUUACAUAAUGAAACAACCUGCAAGAAAGUGAAUACUGUGUAAAAUAUUGUGCACAACAUGAAAAUCUGUUAUGUGGAUGUCAAAUGGGUGGUGAGGAUUGGCCUAGGAGAAGGCUCAGCUCAUGGGUUGCCCUCACCGCCGUGGGCUUCCUGCUUUUCAGGGGUGGUUCUUGGAUGAUCACUUGUACCCCCAGCCAUAAUAGUGAGAGAGACUGCCAUGUAUCAAGUAUCUCACAGCACGAUAAAUACUGGGUAUCAUGGAUCUGUGCGAUUAUAGAUUUAACCAUAAGUUGACGUACCCGCAAGGUUCCAAGUAGUAUACUAGAUAGAAUCCCAUACUAAUUUCUAGGACAUCGACAUAAUGGCCGUUCUCUCCUUGUUGAAGCUGUACGGAGGCUGGGGUGGCCGAGAAGGUAGCAGCACUGUAACUGCAGUUCUUACCUCCUACCACUCCUGCUUCCCUUCCCUCCCACCUAUGAUCUCACCAGCCUAGGUUAUAUAGCCAUUAUGUUCACUCGUCGGCCGGGGUGUCAGACAGGUAACAUGUGUGUUUAGACUUGUAUAAAACUGGUUGUUUUCUCAUUCUUUAUGGAGAUUAAUAACUUUUCUAUUGUUUUGUUGUGAUGUGCAUAUUUUAUAUGUACCAGUGUCUUUUUUCGAACUAGGUGAAAUCGAAUUUUACUAGAUCAUAUUUAUGUUGUCUGUUCGAUAUGAUGUUUAUAUAUCCUCACAGCAGAAUGUUAUUAGUUUUAGCUUCUUAAUGGAACUGCGCAUUAAUUCUCCAUAACUAAAGAAAGUUACAGUAGGGAGUUGCUUGAUAACACUGCUUAGUUGACCUGUAGCUACUCACGGUUUAGAGCUCGAUAAAAAUACUCUCUAUCUCUCUCUCUUUCAAUCUAUCUCCUUGCUCUUCCUCUCAUCCUUGACCAUAUUUGUGAACCCUUCCAGUGUUCUGAAUUUACGAGAUCAUCAGGUACAGUUUGCAUUUUUAAAACAACAGAUCCUGUAUAGGAUGUAUUACCAUAUUUCAGAGCAUAACUCGUGCAGUAUUAUGGCAGCACAUGCUAUAAAUCUCAACUGUUGUUGAAAAACAAAAGUGUACAUCAAUUUAUGAAGUAAACUCAACAGUGGAGAAGUUUGGAUGUGUGGUCACAAGUCCCACGAGCAGACGUAAACUUUGACUGCUGUAGUUGUGGUCAAGAGGUCUAGGAUUUGCCCCUUUAUUGUGUAUGCAGAAUGGGACCUUGUUUGUAUUCAUGCUGCCAAGAUGUGUAUCAGAAGAACCUGGUGCCACUAUUGUUAAUAGUUAUUUCAUUAUACACAAUGAUCAACUACCGUAUAUUUCACUAAGUUGAUAAUCACCAUUAUAUUAGUACCUAGCCUGGCCUAUCCUGUUACCUAGAUUGUGAGGUGUCCCCUUUAUUGCAUCCUCAGCCAGCUAACUCCUAUUGAAAACAAAUCCUAAUUGACCCAUUGUACCUGCAAAUGACUAUCUAGUGACCCCUUUGCCCUACUCUCCCCAGAGAUAACUUGUAUACAUCCUCAGCCAUCAGUACAUAUUCUAGGAGUGGCACCAAGUUCUGAUUACACCCACUAGUCUCUCCCAGUCAACCCUACCAGGGGGAAGGGAAGGUCUGCCCUAUGUAUCCUUACAGUCAAUCUUGCUAGGAAGGAGAGGGAGGGAAGCUGACUGAUACAGCCCUAGCAAUCAAAUUUGUCUCAAAGGAUUAACCACAAAACACAUUGGCAGUCUCCCACUAAGGCAGGGUGAUGACCACAGUGUUGAAAGUUUCUUUUUUCAGUCAGAUGUAGCAUUAAAUCUUUGAGAUUUAAACAAUAAGGCUCGUACUGUCUAGUACUCUAAGUUUAUAAUGAUUUGUCAUGUUAUUACAAGAGCAAUUAUGAAAUUCUUUUUUCUGAAUGAGUUCUCUAAGACAUAUUAAGUCAUUAGUGAACCUUUGAGGUCAAAUUUCCUGUGAGGGGACUAUACAGUCAACUCAGUCAGCCUUUUUUUUUUUUUUUUUUUUUUUCUGGGGAGGGUAAGGUCAUUUGCCAUAAUUUCAACCAACCUUGUUAGGGGACAAAAAUUAAAAAAAAAAAUUACACUGUGGAAGAAUAAUCUUCUACACUCCACAAUGUCAGCUUAGUUUUGACUAACACCACCACAGCCCUAACAACCAACUUAAACAGAUAACUAAUAUAAGACAUAUUGUACUGUUUGAGACAUCUGUAUGUAUAAAUCUAGUACUAUGAAGUUUACCUCAGACUGUUGUGAUAAAAUCAUGGACAAUAACGGCUGCUAGAUUUUGCUGAGAUAAAUAGUUGUUAAUUCAUCAAUGUUCCCUAAAAAACUUGUUUCUGGUCAUGUUAAGGUGUGGACAUGGGCUCUAUAGCCUUCACUGGAAUCUAAGUUUAUGUGGGGCAGCAUAAGGCUAAUCAUGUACAUUAUUUAGGGGUAACUUUUGACUCUUGAGUCAUCACUAGAGAACUGUUGUAUAUAAGCAUAGAACUUUCUAAAUACUUUGACUUUCAUUAAAAACAAAAAAGUUUAUUUAAAGCAAGAUUGGCUGUUCGGUGACAAGGCACGAGGGUUGAUGGCGAAGACAUGUAGAGGUAUAUCCUGACAGUUGUUUGUUUAUAACUACUAGUAAUGAAACUUAAAACAAAAAAACUACUACUCUAUUCAGGGUUAGAUCUCAUUUCAGAAGUUAAAAUGAAAAAUAGGAUUUUUUUGACCUAUGUAACAUUUAACAGAGUAAAAAAAACAAAAAAAAAAAAACACAAGACUACCUUGAGGUUCUUGACAAAUAGUGGCUUGCAGGGCUGCGACACCACCUAACCUCAGCCUCGACACUACUUUGUGGUCAGCUGGUGACAUCCUUGUGUAAGCUGCUGACCAUACCAGCAAGGUCGUCUUACAACCACUUGGGAUUUUAAAAUGGAAAAAAAUAGUUCUUUAAGUAUGAACUGUUAGAUACUGUAAUAACUUGUUAUAACUUUUGUGAUCACAGUAGUGGGGUACUCUAUUGACAAAUGCUAGUCUUCAGUAUAUGCUAUAUUUUAGGUUCAGUAGACAGAGACGUUUAUAUAUGUAUAUAAAUAUAUAUAUAAUGUAUACACAUGUAUAAUGUUUAUACACAUACAUGUAUAUACAUGUGUGUAUAUAUACAAAAUACAUAAUGUAUUUAUGCAUACAGUGUAUGUGUAUACAUUAUGUAUGUGUAUACAUUGUAUACAUGUACAAUGUGUAUAAUGUAUAUGCAUGCAUAUAUGUGAUGCACGUAUAUACAUGAUAUAUGCACAUAUUCACUAUAUGGAUACACGUGCAUAUGUGUAUGCAUCAUAAAUACAUGUGUAUACAUUAUGUAUAUAUGUAUAAACAUAUAUACAUACUAUAUACAUUAUGUAUACAGGUAUAUAUACACAGAUGUAUAUACAUGUGUACAUAUACACUUGUACACAUAUGUCUAUACAUGUAUAUGUAUACAUAUAUACAUGGUGUGUGGGUAUAUAUAUAUAUAUAUACACACUUAAAAAAUAUACAUUUAUGUACAUACAUGUGUAUAUAUAUAUAUAAUAUAUAUGAACUUGGAGCGAUCAUUUUUGUGUAUAAACUUGCUAAAUGUUCUUCUAGUUCUUCAGUUACUAUUAAAAUAUUGUACAGAAUUGGUGUUGGAAAUCUUACUGUGGUGUCUUCUGCGCCAUUACUGCCAAUUUGGUCAUAUGAUAAACUGUACAUUUUAUAAACUAAUUUCCUCGGUUAUCAUCAUUACGUAGGAGUCAUAGUGCCUAGGGAAUGGGCGGUAAUCCUGUUUGAUCCAAGGAAGGGUAGCUCCAAUUCCUUGGAUCAAGAGCCCUUCACCCGCAUUGAGGCACUCGCCCCUUAAAGGGUAAUUUACAUAGCUACUUAUUUUAAUUAUUAAACCAGUAUCUCAUAGUUUGUUGUCACUGUGCAUAUAACAAGAGUAAAUCUAUAAUAUUGUAUUCAUGUACAAUACUGGUAUAUUUGUAAUUUUUUUUUUUUUUAAGAUCUCAUUAUUUAACAGAUGUACACUGCAUUAGGGUUUAUUGGUCUUGUACCCAAAACUGGUAGAUAUGACCAGCAUUUAGUGGUUAUACAACUAGGCCUUCAGGUAACUUUAUCAAAGACUAAAUGUUCCAGAGGCAAAACUUGACACAGGUUUGACCUUGUAAAGAGUAUCUGAAGCUGGUUUAUCUCUAUCCCCCACAACCCAUCAUUUAAAGAGAUUAGUGGUGUCAAUUGCUUCUAAGCGUUUGAUAAUUUCUCUUGUUACUCCACUGUUCAACAGAUAUAUUUUUUCACUGUACAUGAGAUUUUCAAACAUAGCAUCUAGUAGGCUCUUUGACUGCCAAAAACCUUUAACAUAUUUUUUAUUGUAUUUAUAUAUAUUUAAAAAAAGUAAAUUAAAGUAAAUUGAGUCCUCCUUCAUUCUGGGAUCAUUUUCUACCUUCACAUUGGCACCACUGUACGUCUCUGUCUGUUGUUCCAAAAAUUGUCCCCUCCAGCCCCCACCCCCACCUCCCCCCUCCCUUUUAGUCAGUUAUAAGAGGACGAAGCACUGAACUAACUUUGCAUUUCUAGAGGCAAUAAGGAAAUAUAGUUAAUAUACUGUAAAGUUCUCGUGUUGCAAAUUUAUUAAAUAAAACUGAGAAACUGCCAA